AUGGAUUCAUCAAUGGAAUAUCUCACCGAUCUCGAAGGAACACAGGUCACGUUUGAUGCCGUUGCAGAGCCACCAUUCAACUUCCCUGCCCAGACAUGGAUGAUACUUGAGAAGCUCGACGAGGACUCGAAUUGCCUGACAGACGAAGACAUCGCCGCGGAGCUCGGGCCCUCAGAUACCGCCGGAAAGUUCCUAUGCCGACCUGCCAGUGAAGAAGACGAUAACAGGCGUGCAUUUUUGCGUAUCUACCAACAGGUUCCUAUAGCUGGAACUGAAACGAAAAGAGCCGCCAUACGGGCUAGCCAGGCCGUCGACACCCCUCCCGAUCACUCAGAACUGAUUGCUUUCCGGAAAUUCACAGAGCUAGGUUGUGACGUUGUUCCCCGACUGCUAGGCUAUCAACAGCGCCAGCAAGACCACGAUGAGGGUGUUCCUGGGGGAUACAUCACGUAUAUUCUAUGGGAAAAAGUGCCCGGCGAGUCUCUUAACUUGACCGGAUUCUGGAGGCUAUCCUUUGCCGAUCGCCAAGCCAUCCGCGAUAAAUUUCGUCAAGUCUAUGAAAGGUUUUUGCCGUGCGGGUACAUGCCAUGUAUGGCUGGUCCGUCGAAAAUCAUUUAUGACAAGUCCAGUGGUCAAAUGCACAUCUGCGGGUUUAAAUCCGCAUCUCCAUUUGACGAACCUCAACAGUGGGAUGAUGUUAACUACUUCCAAUACGGAUUAAUCCAACCCUCCGAUAGCCCGUUCUACUGGGAAGGAACACCACCCGGAACGGCGGAUUGGAUCAAAGAUGCCAACGGCUGGACGUGGUGA